AUGAAUAGUGAUGAUAUUGACAAAAAUAUUAUUUCAUUAUAUAAUGCUCAAAAGUGGGAAGAGGUUGCUGCUUUAUCUUCUGCGAGUGACAAUCUUAAAUCUAGUAGAUUAUCAUGGAUAUUUCCCGAUAUAAAUGAUUUAUAUUGGAUAAAUGAUAUUAUACGAAAGUAUAAUUUAACUGGAAUUGCAAGUAUUGGUUGUGGUUGUGGAUUAUUAGAGUGGUUAUUACAAAAAUGUUCAGGUAAAUCUUUAAAAUAAUUUUGGUAUAUAUAUAAAUAUUCUCCACCACAAUUUUUAAAAAAUAUUAUCUUUGUUGAAAAUAAAUCGGUAAAUUUUCAAGUACCAAAACGAUAUGCGAUGUUAUUUUGCUACUUUAAUAACUGUAUAGCAUUCUGUAAUUAUAUGGAAAAUUACAAAGGUAAUUUAAUUUUUGUUAUUGGACCCGCACAAGGGAAUAAUCGUACAACAGAUCCAUUGCCAUUCGAUGAAAAAUUUAAAAAAUAUAAUUGGAAAUUAAUAAAGCAGAAAAGGCUUUUGUGUUCCAACGAUUAUAUUGUUGCAUACAGUAAUAAAUAAUAAUAAAUAAUAAUA